CACGAUUUUUGGGGAAUGGACAAUAAGCACGGAUCCUAUCAUUCCUUCUACACCCGCUUUCUCAUACACUCACACACCCUUCGCAUCAUACAUAGCCAAUACACAGCCAGCACGGGGCAGCAAUAGCUUGUAUGAACCAGAGCAAGCGCAAAUACGACGACAGCAGAGCCAGCGACAGCGAAAUGGAUGAUGCAAAAUACAUACGGAUUGACGGCGCUGGGGAUGCACAGGCGCAGCGAGUCAAGGCGCUGAGCAAUGCCGAGCAAGUGGCGGCGCAUUACAAUUCGCGGCGCGAGCUUGGUGUCCAAGGUCGACUGCAUACGGCAAUUACUGGACUUCGUAUAUUCAACAACUGGGUCAAGUCCAUCAUUAUCCGCCAAAACACGUUCCGCGGGUGCAAGGUGCUUGACCUCGGGUGUGGAAAGGGUGGCGACCUUCGCAAGUGGAGCUUCAGCAACAUUGGCGAGUACGUGGGCAUGGAUAUUGCUGGCGUAUCUGUCAACCAGGCGCACAAGCGCUAUCUGGAAAUGAAGAAGCCGAUAUUCCCUGCGCGCUUCUAUGUGCAGGACUGCUACGGGGAGCCGCUUGAAAAGACGCUCCAGCCGCCCGACUACCAGGCUGACGUUAUCAGCGCCCAGUUCUGCCUGCACUAUGCAUUCGAGUCCGAAAAGAAGGCGCGGCAGAUGAUGCACAAUGUGUCCUCACAUCUGGCGUCGGGUGGCAGGUUCAUCUUCACCAUUCCGAACGCCAACUGGCUCAUCAAAAAGCUGCGCAGCAGCAGCGACAACACAUUCGGCAACUCAGUUUACCGUGUUGAGUUCCAGCGGCGCGAGCCGAUCACCCGGUUCGGCUUCCCGUACUCGUUCACUCUGGACGAGGCGGUUGAGGACUGCACAGAGUACAUUGUGCACUUCCCCUCGCUGGUCAAGCUUGCCGAGGAGCACGGGAUGCGGCUGGUGUCCAGAGUGCCGUUCCACGAGUUCUAUGCCAGCAUGGUCAAUGACCCGAAUAACGUCCGGCUGCUUGAGCGCAUGGGGGUGGUCACCAGCGACCGGCCGGCACUGACUGACGAUGAAUGGGAGGCAGUCGGCAUUUACAUGGCUGUCACUCUGGAGAAAGCUUGAGUAGCGUGACUCUAGCGACGUUUAUUCGGUUAAUACAGUAAUGUAUGAGAGAAA